AUGCUAUAUGGAUCUGAACAAUUAGAUCCUUAUAUUGGAAAGCUGAAGAUGGCCAAAUUGUUGGAAGUUUUAAAUCAAGAUGAUAUCCUUAAUGCGGCAGCAGAAGGAGGAUACGGCAGCACAGAAGUACGUGAGGGUGUAGUUAAGGCAAUAGAUAAUGAGCAAACAAAAAGAGAGGUUUUAUUAGCACUACAAUUAAGAGAUCGUGUACAACCUUUUGUUGAUGGAGAAGGAGAAGAAUGGAAAAAAAAAAUGAAAAAAGAAAUCAAAGAAUUAUGCUCGGUUCGGAAUACAUUUGCCGUGGCAAAGUCCGUGCUGCAGGCAGCAAUGGCAGCAACAGACAUUCAGCAAAGACACCAACAAAAGACAAAAGAAGAAACGCAAAAAGCUGACGAUACACCCCAAAACCCUAAUCGUCUUGAUACACAAGAUAUUGAUAAGGUUGGGGAAAUUCUUCAGAGUGUUUUAUCUAUUGUCGCUUGCGACGUCGAAGAUACCGCCAGAAAGGCAGCAGAAAAGAUAUGCCGUGACGAAUCCGUCUCCUUAGAAAUAAGGGUUUUAAGGGCAGAGGCGCUGCAGUGGUUAGGGGAGGAGAUGGCAGCAGCAGCAGCAGCAGCAGCAGCAAUUAAACAGAAGGAAAGGUUUGAUGUAUCUAGACAUAUGGAGGAUGCAUUCAUUAAGGCUACGAUUGCGGCCGAUGAGAAAAACCGCUAA